CCCACACUCGCUCACUCCUCCCAAAGUAGAAAGAAAGAAAAAGGCCAAAGACUUCACCAUGCUCUUCACAAAGGUUGCUUUCGUCUCCGCUCUUGCGGCGCUCGCUGCUGCCCAGGACACCAGCUUCAACACCGACAAGGUCCCGUCGGCGUGCAAAGACACAUGCUCCAAGGUCGGCGACAUUACCAAGACAUGCAAGAACGACCAUAACAACGACGCCUCGGCAGCACUCAAGUGCAUCUGCACAUCGACCGACGCAAACUCCAUCAUCCCGGACUGCGAGGCCUGCAUCCGGUCCCACAACGACAACAAAACCGAUGGCAACGACGCCGACGCUUACCGUCUCCUGACCGAGUGCUCGUACACCACUACCACGCUGGCUGCCAGCCAGGUCGCAAAGACAACCGUCACUGACACAACUACCUCGACCGACGUCACCACAACACACCACAAGACUAGCAACCCGGCUCCUAUGAAGACGGCUGGUGCGGCUGUUGGUAUUGGUGCUUUUGGCAUUGCUGCUUUGGGUUUGUUGUAGGUGUGUAGUUGUUGGGUGUAUGGGCUAGUGUUGCAGCGUCUGUGUGGGUGUAAAGAAUAUAGUGACUGGUAAUUUUGGUGUAUGGGAAGUGUAGAUAGUUAAUGGAUUGAUUGACUUGAUCAUA